AUGGACGGGCCCCUAACUCCCAGGGAGUCCGCAAAAUUCAUUGCAGAGAAUAGUCGGGAUGUGUUCAUCGACGGCGGAGGCGUGCGGAGGGUGGCUGAGCUGCUGCUCGCCAAGGUCUCGGGGCCCGAGCUGCACCUGGGGGGCUGGAAGGCCCUUCACGAGCUGAAUCCCAGGGCGGCUGACGAGGCCGCGGUCAACUGGGUGUUCGUGACAGAUACGCUCAACUUCUCCUUCUGGUCGGAGCGCGACGAGCGCAAAUGUCUGGUGGGGUACAGAGGGAAGACGUACAGUGGGUACUGGUCCCUGUGCGCCGCGGUCAACAGAGCCCUCGACGAAGGGAUACCUAUUACCAGUGCUUCCUACUAUGCCACAGUGACCCUGGAUCAGGUUCAGCAUGUAUUGCGUUCUGACACGGACGUUCCCAUGCCUUUGAUCGAAGAGAGGCAUCGGAUUCUUAAUGAAACCGGGAAAAUUAUGCUUGAGAAGUUCGAAGGCUCUUUUCUUAAUUGCGUUCGAAAAAGUGAAAAAAGUGCACAGAAGUUAAUGCACCUGGUAGUUAAAAGCUUUCCUUCUUACAGAGAUGUGACUCAGUUUGAGGGGAAAAGAAUUUCUUUUUACAAACGGGCCCAAAUCCUCGUGGCAGAUACGUGGAGUGUGUUAGAGGGGAAAGGAGAUGGCUGCUUUAAAGACAUCUCCAGUAUCACCAUGUUUGCCGACUAUAGAUUACCUCAGGUUCUUGUUCACCUGGGAGCACUGAACUACUCCAAGGAACUACUGGAAAAGCUUCUCAAAGGAGAAAUGCUCUCGUAUGGUGAUAGGCAAGAGGUGGAAAUCAGAGGGUGCUCACUUUGGUGUGUUGAACUGAUCCGGGAUUGCCUUCUGGAGCUUAUUGAAAAAAAGGGUGAAAAAACUAGCGGAGAGAUCAAUUCUGUUCUUCUGGAUUAUUACUUGUGGGACUACGCCCGUGACCACAGGGAAGAUAUGAAGGGAAUUCCCUUUCAUCAUACGCGCUGCAUAUAUUAUUGAACCAAAGUAAACUUGCAUUUUUGUAUCACAUAAUCAUUUGCACAGUUUCGCCUUGAUAUUAAGAGAA